UAUUGGAGGUUACACGGUCAUGGCGAUUUUAUCUCCUUUCUUACAGUUUGUUUUUUCUAACAGCAAAAAAGCAAGAAACAAAUGUUCCUCUCUCUCCCUUUCUAACUCUGUAUUUUGAUUUCUUUUGUCUCUUCAUAUUAAGUCAGUUGAUGAUAGGGAGAUCGUAAAGAGAUCUCCUAAUAACCACCAAGCACAACUAUUUAAACAUAAUAAUAACAACAUGGCUUGGAAAACUUGUUUCUUUGUAGUUCUGUUCUUUGCUUUGACGGAAUUGGCCACCUCAAAUUUCGUUUCAGGUGAUGUAUUUGAGGCAUCGCAUGGAUCCACAGGCCGUUCACUCCUCCAGGCGAAAAAAGGUUGCAUAGUGGAUUUUGAAAACAUGAACUACACAAUCAUAACGAGCCAAUGCAAAGGACCUCAAUACCCUGCUAAGCAAUGUUGUGCCGCCUUGUUAGAAUUUAUGUGUCCAUUUGCAGAUCAAAUUAACGACUUGAAUAGUGAUUGUGCAACCACGGCUUUCAGCUACAUAAAUUUGUAUGGAAAGUACCCACCUGGUUUGUUUGCAAAUGAAUGUCAUGGAGGUAAAGAUGGUCUUGAUUGUCCUGACUCACCUCCACCAGGAAAAUCUUCAUCUAGUAUCAACUUACCUAGUAGAAAAACAAAUAUUGCAGCUUCCUUUCUCAUAGCUGCCUUGUCCCUCGUACUAGUAUUUUUCUAAUAAUAUGAAUAUUAUCCUGAAAAUUCUUAAAGAUGGAUUGGGCGGGCAGUCGGGUCGUAGAUUUUCCAGUUGUGAUGAUGACCUAGAUCCAUUUUGCAAUCCGUAAGUAUGAAUGUUUACGUUCUUAAUCAUGUACACAACUUUUAAUUUGAGGAGGUAUAUAUAUUCAUACUCCGAUAUUUUUUCUUUCUUUUAGUUAUAUUUCUUCUCUCUUAUUGGUUUAGUUUUUCUUACCAUCCAUGAAUAAGUAUAAUUUAUGUCUCGACAUCUCGCUAUUGGAAAUGUAAAUGAUUUCAUUUUUUGUAUU